AUGAUAUGGACUGCCUGGGACGACGAUGACUUUGAUUCCGAAAGAACCCCCACCUUCACCCCGUCUGAUGUAGAGAGAUUCACUUUUUCAGCAUCAUUGACAGAUGUGAAUCUCAAGAAGGUUAAGCUUGAUAAAAGCUCAGCAAAAGCAUGCAAUGGAAAGGACGGCGCGGAAGCUUUCCAGAUUCAAUGGCCCUCUCACACUUUUCCGCAAAUGGUCUCGGGUUUCGAAAUACCGGACGCCCAUCUGGAACGGUUGUUCUCACCUGAACAAAUCCACGCAUUUCAGCGAUUUCGGAAUAUGCGCGCAAAGAGCAUCUCUGUCCGUGUCGUGACGCGGAUUCAACGUGAUGAGAUUCUACAGAACUGGUGUGGUAUGGCUGCUAUGCCUCGGCCGACAUUGCCCCCGUACCCUUUUUACGCAUGUCGUUAUGUUAAACAGGCAAAAAUCUUUACCAUGAUGAAGGCGAUCCCCCCAGUUACGGACCCCACUAGAAAGCAUCAUCAUCGACGUCGAAAGUUCGGAUGGCCAAAUAUGACGGACAGUGGGUUUCAGGAAAAUCCUGAGCUACUCACUCACACAAAUGCACCGUUUGGCGUGUUCCUUAAUGAGAGAGAAUACGAGACAAUCCGGAUGAUUGGGUUACUCCGAGAAGCAGAUGCUCAAAAAGAGACGGCUAUCACGCAGUUCAACAAUAUCUACGAAUUCGAGCUUUUCCGAGCGUCUGAUGUUCAUAACAUCAAAGGCAAGGGGCUCGAUGAAUACUUCUACGGAGUCAUCGAUGCGAAGUUUAUACUUCGAGAUCGAGAAGACGCGCAGGAGAUGUUAGAACAAGCGAUGCCCCUCCCGCAACCUGGAACACCUGUCACCAUUUCCCCACAGAGGCCAAAUGCCAGUGAAGAACCUCGCAAAGAUAAAAAGAGCAAGCUUUGGCAGGGCGUUGUUGUCUCUUCGCAAGGGAUAUCUUCUAUUAUCGAUCGCCAAUCUUCUUAUCAUGCAAUCUGUGUACGGCUAAUCACAACUAUGCAACUCAAACUCAUCGUGCAAUCAAUUCAUUGA